GUAGUCGGCAGUUGCUCAGUGACACACACACACAUAUUUACAAGAAGGCAAGAGCCGGAGUUUCCCUGUUGCUUUCCAACAUCGAGGAUUUGACUGGAAAUGAAUGUUGGGAUAUAAUUUGAGUUCGGUUGGAUUACUUCACUGCUGUGUGGCUCCUGGAUAACCUUGGAUAUUUAAUGUUUCUGCUCCUGUGGGGGGGUGCAGACACAUGUUUUGGUAAUCGGGUGUCAGAGUGUGAGGAGACCGUGUGAAAGAGAACAGCGGCAGACUGACAAGAACAAACAAGCAGACGCAUAUAAAACCCAACACUGCUCCUGUUGUAAUAGACGAACCAACCCGUCAUAUCCUCAUUUUUUGUAUUUACCGACAUAAUAUUGUAUAUUUACAUUAAAUGAAACCAGAUCCAAACAUUUAAUCCAUUCCAUGUUUUGGUCAGUCAAGAGUAGACUAGGGCACCUGCAGUAUCCGAGGCAGUGUCUUCAGAGCUUCCCUCACACACCAUCUUAUUGGAUGUUUUUUUCUUUUUUUAAGAAGUUGUCUCUUAUGGCUUUGAAAGACAAUACUGUGGGGAGCUGCAAAGCACGCCUUUAAGAAUAUUACAUAGCUUACAUAGCAGAUAUUCGGUGGAAAGAAGUUGUGACGAGUGAAGCGCCAUCUGUCCAUCCCUGAAGAGGUGAGAUGUCGAGGCCCCCAUCCUCCCAGACCACCCCUCAGUUCUACAGGGUCAGCGAAAGAGAUCUCACCGAGAUCGAGCUUCAUUCGGUGGACUCCAUCAACGAUCUCCACCGAACACACCAUGAGAACAGCAACAAAGGGGUGAGACCUCCUCGUCCUGCAAACUCCCCCUCCUCCAAUGGGAAUCUCUACACAUGUGACAUGACAGCUGUCAAUCAAAGAGGCCGUCCAAACAGCAGCAAAUGGCAGCGUCGUCUGCAGGAUAUGUUGACCCCCAGUUCAUCGCGGGCCUACGCCAUGGGCUGUGCUAUCAUCACGCUGCUGCUGCUCACCGUGCUACUCAUCUUCUACUUUUUGGUCCAGCAGGGUGGAGCCAUCCAGAUGCUGACUGAGGCUGUGAGGGAGAAAGAGGCUGCAGCCACAGAGCUGUCUCUGCUGAUCCAACAGCUGCAUGCGCUGAGACACAACCUGACAGCUUUAGGAGGAGGGACAUGAUAUGCACAGAACACUAAACCUGGAUACACCCACUGGACAUGAGACGCUUGAACAUGCAGUACAACUGGGUUUUAGUUGAUUUUCCCUAAGUGUUGUCUGUGUUUAGGAUUACAUGUUACUGAUGUAAUUGAGGAAUAGGAGGUUUCUGGAUGCCCUGGUAAAUGUAACUUUCCAAUUAUCUCUUUUAUUCUGUCAUUGUGCAUCAUUAAAGCAGUAUAACUUGGUUAUAGAAUGAGUGAAUGGAUUAAUGUUGAAUGAGUGUUGCCAUUGUGUAAUGUAUAAAAGACACACUAUCUUAAUA